CGAAUCGAAGCUUCUCCGUGGCGAGGCCGAGCGUUAGCUUAUGGAAACAAUGCUGGUAUUUGAACCAGUUGAUGCAACAGAGGGUCUGUGCCCAAGCCCGGUUUUGGGCAUGUGUUCAAGUUUGCACUGGGCCCAACAAAGAGAUGAGACGGACAUGUCUGUGCCACUGAGAUGUAAAGAUGAGGUGAGAGAAAGAGAGAAAAAAACAAUGGCAGCAUUGGAGACGGCUAGAGGGUUGAGAGAGGGAAGCAAAGAUGACGGCGAGGAAGAUGAAAAAGAAAGUGAAGAGGUUGUGAAGGUUCUUCUUUUGGUUGUCAAUGGCUCGUUUUUUCUCAAGGGUUUUCUCGAAGUGGAGGUGGAUUAUGGUAUUUAGGGCUUGAAGGAUGAUUUCUUUGGGAAUAAAUGGUGGUCUUUGAUGGUGGCGGAUCUCUUCCCCGUCGUGGUGGUCCGCCAUUGGAGGACUAGAGAGAGAUAAGAGGGUGGAAGUCUGUGUGGGAACAUGUGGAUCUGGUUUGAUUUUCCAGACACAUAAUGCAUUAAACGGUCUGAAAAGUUUAUUUUUUUUGUAAAC